UUCUCUCUCCGAAGUGAUUACUCCUUUGCCUCAGUAACCCUAAAGCGCCGAGUCGCCACCUGAACCCGAGGAGGAAAAUGGUGCAACGCCUCACUUACAGGAAGCGGCAUAGCUAUGCCACUAAAUCAAACCAACACCGGAUUGUCAAAACGCCAGGAGGGAAGCUUGUGUACCAGAGCACGAAGAAGAGGGCCAGUGGCCCAAAGUGCCCUGUUACUGGCAAGAGAAUCCAAGGGGUGAGAUCUUUUUAUAUAUCUAUUCGCAUAUGGUUAAAUUUAAAUGAAAUGGAAAUUACAUUUCUUUUUGGUGACUAUGUUGGACAAUUAUGCUUAAUCUAGUAUUUUAGCUUGUUG